CCCUUUUUUUACUGACGUGUCAUAUCUGUCAUUUCCCAAAACCAAAUUUGACGAUCCAGCCAAGAGGCUCGCCUGCCAGCAGCCGAAAGGGAAAGGCCGAGAAUGAACCGGCGAGUCCAAAUUGAUGAAUCACAGCAUCCGAAAAACGACGCCGUUGACGAUGGAGAUGAUAGUUCGAUGAAAACAAAACCAUCGGAGAAGAAAGGCGACUACAUCGACGUGCCUUCUCAUCCGUACUUAAUGAAGAUAAUGGAAAAGCAAGGUGACAAGCAAGUUCUUUUUGCUGAUAAAGUUUUGAAGUUCACUGGUUCUGGGAAGACGAAACAUCGCAUUCUUUUGAUUACUAAUUUUGCUAUUUACCUUGUUGACCCUGAUACUGCUGCAGUUAAACGCCGCAUAGCUCUGGCAGCUGUUGAGAAGUUAUCUUUGAGUGAACUAAGUGAUAACUUUUUUGCAGUUAUCAUUCCAUAUGAAUACGACCUACUCAUGGCUAGUACUCGGAAAACUGAAAUUGUUACUAUGUUAGUUGAAGCUCUUAAGAGUGAGUCAGUGCAGCUUGAGGUGGUUUUCUCCAAUAGGUUUGAGUAUAAUGCAACUUCUGAUUUGGUGAAGGAAGUUCAAUUUGAGGAAGUGGAAGGUGGUGUUAAGACAAGAAUUCUGACAAGAUAAGUUGCACCUUAUAAUUGUUUUAAUAUGUUUGUAGACUUUUGUGGGGAUUCGGAAAUCUCCAUUGUAAAGCUAUAUACAUACUUUCCUCCUUUCAGCAUUAAGGUCAACCUUCCCUUGAAAAAUAUGUAGCUUAUUGUUUUGAUAUUUGAAAUAGUGUAAUUUAUAAUUCUUUUUGCAAAAAAAUGUCCAUACAAUUUUGUUUUCCAACUUCCAACCAGUUCCAUCUGGAGAUCUGAAAUAUGAUAUUUGCAGAGCAAUAUAAUAAUAAAUUAUUUGUCAGAGAAAACAUGCCUCUUGUUUCAAAAUUUCAUUUUUCAGCUUAUUUAUUCAAUUUUACCAAGUCCCUUUUACCCUUGAGGAAUAGGAAAAAAUAGUAAUAAAGUUGAAUGGAAAAAGAUUCCUCUUUGGCCUUUAUAAUGAAGUUCAGUGUGUAAGAAAAUUUUUGAGGAGAGUGGCUAUAAAUCCAUAAUAACAUAUAGUGUGCCUUAGACUGAUUGCUUGAGAUUAUCAGGAACUGAAAUUUCCAAAAAAAAAAAAAAAAAAACUCCAAAGACCAUGAAACAGACAAUUGCCACCAAGCAAGGAUGGGUCAGUUGUGUAUUGCCAUCAUUGGUGUCUAAUCUCCUAAUUGAAAACAUCCAUCCUGGAACAGUCAUUGCUGGCUCUAGGUGGGACUUUUGCUGAGAAUCAAAUCCUGUAUGCCCUUUAUAAAAUAAAAAAAAUGUCCACUAGGUUAUUCUUGAUCUUUUCCUUGUGUUUUCAGCAUUCCAUUCCCAAUAAAGCUUGUCAAGGACGAAUGGAUGAUGAUGAUGAUACCAUAUUUGUUUCUUGAUUCUUUAUUCUUCAUGAUGGAUGGCAUUGUUUCUAUAUCUCAUGUAGGAAGCAAAGCAGAAUCAAAAUGAAACUUAAGCAAGAAUGAUGUUUGGGGUGGAGGGGCCUCUUUAAUGUAUCAUAUUGAUAUAUAAUAUGUAUCUUUUCAGUUGCA